GGUGAAAACAGCUGGAGCGGCGGCGCGGUGACUCCUCCGAGCUGCGUCAAAGCCAGCUGCUGCUGCAGCGUCAACAACACCGGAUGGAGAUCGAUGCAGUCACUUUUACGGGGGAUCUGAUUGUCGACACAACGUUCACACUGAUUGUCGACACAGCGUUCACAUGUAAACUCAAAUGUACGAAUUUCAUUUUUAUGAGACGCUGGCCAGAGGGAUGAACUCAGACCAGGAAAGGCCGUUUGUGUGCAGCGCCCCUGACUGUUCUCAGCGAUUUCCCACGGAGGACCAUCUGAUGAUUCAUCGACACAAACAUGAGAUGACCCUUAAGUUCCCUGCAAUAAAAAAUGACAACAUGUUAUCCGACCAGACUCCCACUCCUACUCGUUUUUUGAAGAACUGCGAAGAGGUGGGCUUGUUUAGUGAACUGGAUUGCUCGAUUGAGCAAGAAUUUUGCAAGGCCCAAGAAGAGGAGGACAGUAAACAGAACAUCUCGCUGCACGGCCAGUCAGCUCAGGGUCAGCACCAGCAGCCCCUCUCUCGGAUGGCCAACCAUGAUACCAGCAUAGUGAUCCAGCAAGCCCUGCCAUCUCCUCAGUCCAGCUCCGUCAUCACUCAGGCUCCUUCCACGAACAGACAGAUAGGGCCUGUCCCUGGAUCUCUGUCCUCACUACUGCACCUACGAAACAGACAGAGACAGCCUCUGCCAGCCUCCAUGCCUGGAACUCUGCCAGACCCGACCAUGCCCGGCUCCUCCGCUGUGCUACUGCCCAUGGAGAGACAAAUGUCCAUGGGCUCCAACAUGAUGGGCAUGCAAAGCCCCGCCCACAGCAGCUCCUGCUCUUCUACUCACAUUCCCACAAUGCACUCAGAAGCCAAACUG